AUAGUAUCGUUGGCCUCUCGCUCAGCAUCAUCAAUAAGAAGAAUGUCUUUUCUUUACUUUGCCUACGGAAGCAAUCUUCUCCGAGAAAGGCUAGUGAGGGCCAACCCUUCUGCAAAGUUUGUAGCCGUUGCUAAAUUGAUGAACUAUAAGCUGCAUUUUUGUGGCAGACAGAACUGGACUUCGUCUAGCUCAAGAUGGAAAGGGGGUGUCGGCAGCAUCGCAGAGUCAGCCGGAGAUUGCGUCUGGGGUGUAGUGUGGAAACUUCAUGAAAGUGACCUGGAUAGUCUAGAUGAUCAAGAGGGUGUGCAUCUAGACAUCUACCGCCGAUUGGAAUCUCUCAAGGUCACCUCCUUCCAAGAUGAAAAGAUGAUGGACUGCGUCAGUUACCAGAUGAUCGAUCCCGUUGACAUGACCCCCUCGCCCCAUUACAUCAGAGUCAUACAGGCAGGCGCCAAACAGAAUAACAUACCUACAGAUUAUCUGAGAUUCCUGGAUUGCAUCGAACACAAUGGUUACAGCGGACAGGUGAAGAUAUAUGAUGAAGUUAUGAAAGAUGUUAAGCUUUGAAGGUACAGGUAAAUGUAGUUUUUAAAAAUGAAGGAUUCUGAAAAGUGAAAGCCAUGUUUGAAGUGAGCGGCUGCUACUGCUGUGGUUAGUAGGAUUUGAAACGAUUGAAGUAUACUUAAAGGGUGGCUGCA